UUAUGCCUUCUGUUGUUUGACACCAGGGUCUCAUAGCACCACCCUCCUUAUGAAUAGUCUCUUUGGGUGACUGUGGAAAACACCUUUCCCUUGACUCAUAAGUCUGUUUUCAACAUAGGGUCAUCUCAUGGGUAAGAUGCCCAAAGAUUCAUCUUCCCUCAAAGAAAUCCUAGGAGCACUGGAGAUCUUAGGAUUGAUUAAACCUUACAACGAUCACCUAGUCAAUGGCCGUGGGUCUCAUUAGAGCCCCUACUCAAAGAUCCUGAGAACAGUUUACAGGAUAGAGCUUAUAUACAUCAAACAUCAGCCAUGGUAUUUGACUACAUGACCUCCAAUGUUCCUCUCAGUUCUUUGAGCUCCUCCUCUCCAUCUGAACAGAUCCAAUCAAGGCAGAAAAACUCUGUCUACCUGAGCCCUCAGUUACAGCGGAUGGAGAGUGAAAUGGACACCCCCAGCUGGCACAGCAUCAGCAGCCAGAGCUGCGGAUCACUUGAUUUUGGGCAAGAGAAGCUGUUUUCUUGGGAAAACUGGCACAAUGCUAGUCCUGCCUAUGCCAAACUGAGAAUGCCUCAUUUUUCUGAGGACUACAACAUGGCAGCUGCAUCAGUGUCACCCUGGGUCUUUCGGGAGUCAGUUAUCUUCAGAGAAGAACCAGAUGGCAAGACUUACGGUGGACGAGUAACUCAUUUGAAUCCUGUGAUUUUUGGCCCAGUGUGGAAAGAGCAGGACUUUAACUACCCACCUGAACCAGAGAGAAUGUGUACAACUAGUGACUGGCCCUCCAAAAUGCCCGUCUUUAUUCCCGUUCAGUCGGGAAGCCAUCAUCAGUUCUUGAAUCACCCAAGUGACCCCUGGAGGGAAAAGUCACCUCAGCCAGUUGAGUCUCCCACUAAUUUUCAGAGAUGGCCAUUGACAGGGGUAAAGAGAGCUUUCCCUGAAUCCCAGCUGGAGCAGCUGAGGGAGAAGAUCCGGGCACAGAAACAUCGACAUGCUAAUGUUUUCCCUACCUCCUUCCAAGCUCGCUCUGGGACCCCCCAAACUCUGCCCUGGAAGCACGUGCCAAAGAGAAGCGUCUCCAAAAUGAAGUUAGCUGCUUCAAAGCCAGCCCACCCGGGCCAAGUCUCGGCUUCCAGCCCAGAUCCCUCUGACACUCACCAUGCCGUUUCCCACAAAUUUAUACCAAAGAGAAAGAGCUACAGAGUUAGAUUUGCAUUAUCAACGCCAAUAGACGCACAUCAAAGGGAUAAAAAUAAAACUACAGUGACCAAAAGCUGCCAGGUAUCUUCUCAGUCACUUUCUCUUGGAAAACAGCUAAAAGGCCAAGAUGCUAAGGUGACUGGCGUUUCUGCAUGGAGAAAGGGACAGAGGCUUGCGAGGCUCCUCCUUGGGCCCCCUCCCACGUUUCUCCAGCUCCAGAAAAGGGCUCUCUCCGGAGGCCUGGCCGCCACAAAGGAGUCAGGACUGACAGAGAAGACUCAAAAAUCUGAGCACAUACCACCCUCCACCCGAGAUAUAAACAACCAGAAAGGAGCAGCUCCUCUCCGUGGGAACUCCCAGAACUCUCCAGAAAGUUCAGCACAAGUAGGCUGUGGUGGUUCUGAAUCAUUCCAUAGGAUCUUAAACUUUUUGAAAAAUCUCCAAUCACGUGUUCAAGACAAGGCAGAUCACAAAAGAACACGGCCCCAGUCUCCAAAGAUCGCGUCUACCAAGAAAGCAGGCAAGUCAGAAUGUCAUUCAAAAUCUCAAAAUGCAGCAGUGAGAAGGAAUCUUCAAUUUGUCUCAGGAGGAAAGAACCUCUCUUCAAGGAUGGGUAGUUCUGGGACAUCAAAAGCACCUGGAAAAGAAAAUGCCUGCCAACGGACUCUCAAAAAAACAAAUAAGGGUGUCCCUCGUCCCUGUGUCACUGCAGAAAUGCAGGAAUUGAUGAAUCAAAAAGUAUCUGAAAGAAAGAAAAGAUGCCUUGAAGCCAAAAUAUAUGUAAAGAAAGCCUUGGAGUCAAGAGAUAAGUUGCAGAAUGUAAAAGAGAAAGAAAUUCCAUUCAAGAAGUUGAAUGCCAAAGUCUUACAAAUGUCAUCCAAGAAUAUUGGUUCUGAGCAACAAUCCAAAGCCCAGGAAGCCACGGAAAACAAAAGGGAGGCAGCUCUAGAGCAUGAAAAGCAGAUGUUGGGCACUGUGUUAAAUAAUAAAGAGCUUCAAGACAGAACUUCCCAUGAUAUUAAAACUCCAGUUACAGUUGGGGCUUCUAAAAGUGGGGUUAACCCUGCUCUGCCGGUCUUCAAAAGUAUAUCCCCUAGACCCUUGAAACAGCAAGGCUUGGCCCCUCCUAGAUCUUUACCUCCAGCUUUGACUCUUCAGUCACAUCAUCUUGAAAACUUGAGGAAGACUCAGAGCUCUAUUGUACCUAACAGAGAAUCAAACUCUGCACCCUACCAACACAAUCAGGAGAGGAUCCGGAUUCUCGAGGCCACUGCUCAGAUGCUGAAAGAGAGAAUUGAAUUUCUGACUGAGAAGUUAAACCUCUCAGGAGUAUGUCUGACACUUAAUGGCAAAUCUGAGAAGUGCAUGGAUGUACAAAGCACCAAUAUCUCAUCAGUUCAGGAGUGCCCCACAAUGAUAGUAUCAUCUUGUUCUCUUGUACUUGGGCAGUCUUCCAGCCCAACUGCCUUGGGAACCCCUGGAGGUAAUGAACCAGAAGUGAACAAGCCCCUCAGUGACAGAGAGAAAGAGAUGACUCAGAAAGGUGGAAAAGAUGGAGUGGAAAUGGAAACAAAGGUCCCAGCUGUUCUCAGCCCUGCUGCAACUGCUGAAAUGUUAUCCUGUAGAAGCCCACGAUUGAAUAAGCAACCAAGUCCUUGCCUUGAGGAAGUAAUGAAACCUGUACCUGAUGAUUUUACUCUGACUGAGGAUUCUGAAAUGGAAGAGUGGGCACCAGAAGAUAAAUUCACCUGUACUCCUACUUUCUUCACAAGAAGUUCACAGAAAGAAUUUGAAAAGCAAGAUAGCUUCAUUGAUCCUUCUGGAAUUCAGACGGAAGAAGAACUGUCUGAAUUUUCUCUUGGAAUCUCUGAAUCCUAUAAUGACAUCAAGAUACGAGACUUUCCCACCAGAAGAAAUGAGUUUUCAAGCUCUUCAAGCAAACAUAGGGAGGAAUAUGAAAGUUGCAACAAAUAUUCCAAAGAUGUCUGCAUGGAUUAUUUAAGCAGCAUGCAACAGAAAUCUCUUAACUUUCUUCAGAAAAUGAAGUUACAUCAGAUAAAACAGGAAAGAGAGUUAGAAAUUCUGAAGCAUAGAGCAGAACUGGAAGCUGCAGAAACUCAGAAAUCUUUGGAUGAAUUGGUCUUUAGGAAUCAUUUGAAGGUGAGUCCUAAGCAGUCUUUGCACGGCAGCCACAUCCAUAGAACUGAACUAGACAAUAAAGCAGAGAAAUGGAAGAUGCCAAAGACCCAUGGAGGCCUGGAAUCCACAGACUGUCUAACUGGGCUGUCAUCUAUGGGCAGGUCAUAUUCCAGCAGAACCAGUAGUCCAACAGUUUCCACCUGGGAAAGUGAGCCAAGGAGAAAUUUAUUGGGUUGCACAGAUGCUGAUAAGGAAAGAGGGAAGAAGCAAGACUAUACCACAUCAUCACACUCCACUACAUGGUUCUCAUCAGCUUUUGGUUAUCCAAGUAGCAAGGUAUUCUCUAAAGAAGACUCCAUGGACAGCAGCAGCCAGAGGAAUGAAAUCUAUCGGUCUAGCCUCUUCGACCGCUUUAGCCUGAGGAUGACUGAUCAGUAUUUAAAGGAAGAAGAGCUGAGAGCACAGUACCAGAUAGCCCUCCUCAAGCUCCGGGAGAAAGCCCUAGAGGAGAAAGUUAUAGCUGAAUUGUCAUGGCUAGAGCAACAGAAAGCGUGUUUGGGGAACAAAAGAGAUCACAGCUUAAUGACUGAGGAACAGCACCAAAUACUAAUAGAUCUGAAGAAAGAACAGGCGGAACUUAAACACCUACAGAACAUUUAUGAAAUGGCUCAUCAGGAGAGAAAAUUUUUGUUGACACAACAAAAGGACCUCUCAACAAUACAGCAGUCAACAAGUGAUCUUCAGUCGGAAUUUACUGUCCUAGCCAGCAGACACCAGUUUUCUAGUCCCUGGUCAGAAGCUAUAGAAAGCCAGAAGUCUGAAGAUGAGAGAAUCUUCAGAUUUGAGAGGUUGGUUAGCAGUCCAGAGGGUUUGUUGUCUUCAACAUCAUCUCAUACAGAAAGAUCCUCUUCAGUCUUGCCUGACCUUGGGGAAAACCUGAAAUGCUAUGAGAACACACACCUUCUUGCUGAGAGGGAGAUCCAGGGGAAACCUGAUGAGGACUCAUGCCUACAGCCACAGUGGCUGAAGGGGGGAAAGGACAGAUCAAUGGUCAGUAACAUACCUGACCACAGGGAGCAAACUCUGGGCCAGUUCGUGAAGAAUGACAACCAGGAAAAUAAAGAACCUGCUGAACAGCACUGUACUAGCUGGGCAUGUCGACAGCAAGAAAGCUCUUUGGAAAUCAAACAAGAUCCGUAUCAGGUCUUUGCUAAGCCAACUACAAGGACAGAGGAAUAUAAUUCAAAGACUGACUUCAAGCCUAAUAUGGUGAAAAAAAGACCUCAAAGUGAAGUAAUAGGCUCAUUAGAAAAUGGUGAGAGAUACAUGCAAGGACAAAAAAAUGAACUAAAUUUUUUAAAAUUGGAAAGAAGUUUGGCUGGACAAGAAGGUGGUCAAUCUUUUCAGCAGGAAGACAGUGUUAUUUACAGUAGAAAAAAUCAGGAGACCUCAGGACUGGACUCAGAUGUCAUUAAGAGUCCAAUAGUUGAACCAGAAGAGGACAAAAGAAGGAAACAGAGGAUGAAGGGUAAAUCUCAAGAAGUUCCAUUGAAAACUAUCCAGAUAUGUCACACUUCUGCCAUUCAAGAAUGCAAAAAAGAUCAAGAGAAGAAAUCAGAGUAUACUCAAUAUGAUGAAAACCACUUGCAUAUUAAGUGUGAUACGACUUCUGACUCCUUAAAAUCAGGAUCUGUUUUCAGUACUUCUUUAGAAUCUCUUUCUUCAGACACAAUAUCACCAUGCAACUCACCUCUAGAUUUAAAGAGUGAUCAGUCAUAUACAUCUUUUUCUGAAUUUCAGAAAGUGACUGCCUUUCUAGUUAAUGUUUCAGACAGUUUGAUUUCAGGAAGUGACUCAGAAACUGAGAGUUCACAGAACACAGAUGUCAAUGAAUGGCAGGAGUUCACUGACCAACAACCAUUGAAUGAGCUUUCUAGUCCUUUGCCUAAUCCAUCAGUAACUCCAAGGAAAGGAGAUGAAUUGAUUUUGGCAGUUAAUAGUGAAGAGAAACAGCCAGAUAGAGAUUUCCCUUUUGAAAACUGCCAAGACUUACAGACACAAGGGAAUAAUAAUAUAUCAUCUAAUGACUCUCCUUCUGAAACAAAUAAUGUAAGUUUGUCAGGCAGCAGGAAACACAAGCUAAGCCUUUCGUGGACAGAGUUACCAUUGUCUCAAGAUUCAUCCUCUGGAAAGCUGAGUCAUAUUCUUUCAGAGGAUACCUAUGUGGCACCAAGACAGGAUAAAGAAAAGAGUUGCUCGGAGCAUAAAGUUUGUGUUGAACCCAAGCUCAGUUCCUUUUCAUUCUUGGAUGACUUUUCAAAGACAGAUAUAGAUUUGAAGCAGCAAGGUCCUACAAUUUCCCUGAAUGAAGGAAAAGAUCAGGAAGACCUUGAAAUCAAAGAUGUUUUAGCGGAUGGAACAAACAAAAAAGAAACUGGAUUUUCUCUCCCAGAAAUUUAUUACAUGUCAUUUCCAUCCCCAAAUCUGAAAGCAAAUUGCCAAUCACCUUCACUGCCUCUUAAAAUGUCACAGAGAAAACAAAACUCGUUAGUCAAAAAAGCUAAAGCUGCAUGUGAAGAAAAUCCAGAAGAAAGGCUUAUUUCUAAUAAAGAGUGUAAAUAUGCCAUUCAGCAGUUGUCAAUUGAUUUCAACAGUAUGCCUGCUAUACCUGGCCCCCAGAUCUUUCAUGAUGGAAAAAUUGUUCAGUCAGUAUAUGAGCACAAGGCAGAUAAAUCUGAUAUUCAUCACAGGACCUCAGAGGGCCACGAGGUGGUGAUAUCUCCUUCUGGAUCACUUAGUGGGCUGAUUCCUGAGGCUGAGCAUUGCCCAGCUAUCAGGGUUGAUGGUUCCACACAUACUGAAAGAGAUGGUCUACCUAGUGUCCAAGAUAGCAUCUUGUCUAAAAUACUAUCCCCUGUCGACGAAGUGCUUUCUUAUGGAAGUGCUGGCCUUCCAUCCCCAACCCAGAAGGUUUCAUCUUUCGCCAGUGAAAAUCUCCCUUCUCCUCCUCCUGACUUUGUGCUUUGGGCAAAUGUCAGUGAUAUUGACUUCAAUUCAGAAGACUUCCCUUCUCUGCCAGAAGAAAUGGUAUUUCCAGAAGAUUCCAAGGAUGUACAAGAUGAAGAUUCAUCUAUUCAAACUGGAGAGUUAUCUUCUUUAUCUGAUGAGAUACUGCUGGAGGAAUUUUCUCCAAUACCUUUAGAUGUAGGGAAUUCCUGCUCAGUUCUGGAUGAACACUCCCUAGGAUGGGACAAAGAGAGAGAAAGAAGUUUGGAAAGGAAGGAGGAAUUGUUGAGAGUCGAACCACAGCAGGAUAUCAAAAGGAAGCAAAAAGUGGGCUGCUGGUACAGUCCUGCUUUGUCCAGAAGUGCCAGUAAAAGUCCAGCAUCAUUCUUCAAACUAUCCACAGAUAAAGAUGGCAAGAAUCCACUGGCAUUGGAGGAUGCAGAGAACAGAGAACAUACACAACCAGAAACUCUGAAAUUCAGAGAGACAAGCCAUUUUGAAGGAAAACACUGGACUAGUUUGGUAUCCGAUGAAGCAAAGAAUGAUCAUCACAAAGAAGACUUGGAAAGAGUAAAACAUUCAGAGUAUGACAUGGCUUAUGAUGAGUUAUUUAGAUCAGAUAAAAUGUCAUACUUUUUGGCAGACGACAUAGAAAAGCCAAGUGACCAUAAUUACCAAGAUUCAGUUCAUGAUGAAUCAUCCCUAAGGAGUAACAAGUGCUAUGAUGAGGUCAGAGUGGAAUACCGGUUUUUAGAGAGAAAGCCAGAAAUAAAGUUUAACAAUAGAGAUAGCUCAAUGACAACAGUAGCCGCUUAUCCUGAAACCCUGAUGUUCCAACCUACAGAGAUGGAGUCCUACUUUAUUCCUACUCAGUCUGAGUCUGAAAGAUUUUUAAAUAAAGAUUUCUCAGGCUGCCUAAAUAGCCAAAAAGAACAGCCAUAUAUGGCACCUAUAAAAAAUGAGCCUGAGAAGUUACUUGAAGAUGUUCAUCCAAUGGAAGAGAAAGAAAUCAACUUAAAAAAUAGUGUAAUGGGCUCCCAACUUGAUCCUAGGCAAAAAACAUAUGGAAUUGUAGAUUCUGUAUCCACUGAACUGACCAGAAAAAUCCUGUGGGAUGCCUUAGCUGUGUUUGCAGAACUUGCCAGACAAUAGAGUGUCUUCCUGUCCAUCAACUGCUGUUGUAACCCCUACUGAUGAGGGAAAGCUCUGGGGUUUUCUAUGAAAAAACAAAAUUGCUAACAAUGCCCUCUCUAAUAACUGCUUUGACAAACCACAUAUGUGUCAGUGACACAGAAAAGAGAAAAUGGAAUUUUGACAAUGAAUGAUCAAGGACCAAAUGGGUGUUUGAAGAGACAGUGGUGGUAGGGAAGAUAAGGGGGGUACAGCAGGUGGGGAGGAAGUAGGGAGAAGGAGAAUCAUGGUGUGAAUUCCUUUAAGAGGCCAUAAUGACUUUUUAAAAUUUCCUCAUCACUUUUAUCUAAUCGUAAGUUUAAAUUUCCUGACUCUUCUCAUGGCAGAAAAAAUCAUAUUAUAGCUAAAUUGGUGAUCAAUGCUAUAAAAGAUAAAAAUAUGCAAAUAUUUUUGAGGGUCACAGACAACAUCCUGGCCCAAAGAUUAGACAGAUAUCAGGAAUUUUUAAAUUUUAAAAUGAUAUAUAUAAAAACCACAGGGGAAAAAAAACCACAUGAUAUAUUUAGGAAUGAAAUGAGUGUCAAUUUUAAAACAAUUUCCAUAUAGAUUCAAUAAACGUAUAGCUUCUAGAGCAGGGGUUCGUAACCUUUCUGUGUCUGUAUCAUGGAUCCCUUUGGAAGUCUAAGAAAUAGCGUGGACUUUCAUUUCAGAAUAAUGUUUUAAAUUAUUGAAAGAAAUGCUAAAUUUCAGCAUAUAGUGAAAAUAAAGAUGCAUUUUUUUUUCCAUUCAAAUUCACAAUGUCCCCUUGAAAUCUGUCCAUAGACCCCUUGGAGAUUGGAGGAUCCUUGGUUAGAAACCUGUUUGUAGUGGACAAGGUAACUAGGAAUUUGAAAAUGGUGACCCCUCUUCCCAAAAAAUACAAAUACAUUAUAACUAAGAAAGAAAAAAUAUAUAACUUUAUAGUCAUAUGAAAAAUGCAAACCCACAACUGAAAGACUGAGAACCCUGGCUUACCGUGUGAUUUCAAGGAUGACUUAUUAGUCAGAUUUUGAUUGAAUUCACAAUUUUCUUUGAAGACCUAUUUUCUUCAUUUCUAGUUAUCCACAUAGAUAUAUGAAAACCAUCCUUACUUAUAGGAAUCAUAUUCCUAAAUUUCACCAACGAAUCACUAAUAAGAACUGGUAACACAAAAAUAAGUUGCCAUUUUUUCCCAUUGUCCUUUAUGAGAAAGGCAGAGUGAAAUCUGGAGAAUAGCAUUAAAAGAAAAAAAAGUAAAUCCUCCUGUUUUGGAGUGGCUGCUGAAUAAGCCAAAUACUAAUUGUAAAUUAAUAAUGAAGUUAUAGAAAAAGGCAUUUUUCUUUAGGCCUUUAAAAGUAUUAGUGAUAUGCUUUUGGUGAAAAGGGUUUGGUGAAGUGGAAUGCUUUAAUGAGUAGGAAAAUGAGUUUUAUUAACAUAAUUACAUGAUAUGAAACAUACCCUUGUCUGAAUGUGACAGGUAGUUCAGAUUAGCAGUUGUAAAAUGAAAUCCCAGUUUACAUAAUAUUGUGGGUAAAUUCAGAAUAAGCAGUGAAUCAGAAUUUUCCAAUGAGGGCUAUAGACAUUUUUUUCUCAUGAAUAUCAAAGUUUUAUCACAUCAGACCACUCUUAAGAACUUCUAGUUGGCAGAAACAUAAGUUCCCAGGCCAGUCUAGAGAGAUAGAGAGAUGAUUCAGGAAAAGAGCUCUGUUUACUGACAAGAGCAAGUCUGUCUACCUGGCCAUGCCUCUUUUAUGUGAUUCGGUCUCUUUUAAAAAUAACAAUACCAUCUCCUGAUUGUGUAAUAUUAUUAGCCUUCUAGUGAACUGAGAAGAAGAAAAAAGAUUGUGAGAAAUUUCUCAUAGGUAUUUCUUGCAGCAACUGCUAUUUCUGCAAAGAUCUAUAUUUGCACAUACAAAAGGCCCUGGGUUUUUUACCCUCUGUAACAAUUCUUUCCUCAGUACAAAUUUUUAGGCAGAGAUGCUAGGAAGUGGCUGUUUAUUCAAUAAUAAAGAGGAUUUCCUAAAGUAAGAUUCAUGAGAUGAUUAACUAUGAGAACUAAACAACACUGACUCCAGAACAUUGUUUCAGAGAGUUUGACUAUUUGUUUGGUAGUGAUCCUGAGCAAGGAGGACAAAAAUACUCAAUGGAUGUGUGGUAGAAGAAGUAUUGCUGAGAUGUGACAUGUAGAAAAGAGUGAGGAGAAAUGAAGGAUUUAAUGGCAAUUUCUCAGAGACAUACAUAAACAUGGCCUUACGAUUGUAUAUAUACGUAUACGUACAAAUGUAUACAUAGUUUACAAGCACAAGGUCUUUGAAGCAGCUUUA